UCUAGAGUAGGGACAAUAACUCCCCCCCCCUUGUCAUAAAUUUGAGAAACAAACAAUUCUUUGUGCCAAUCACUGUAGCCCCUCAAGAAGACAUCUUCGCCUGCUGAGACAUAAGGUCCGAUAGUUAUACGUUUUAGGUGUAUUGACUGUGAUGACUGUUACUUCUAAAUUUAAAUUAAAGCAAUUGACUAGGCAAAUUGGGUAUUUUAUAUUUAUUUUCCCUUAACAUAGUUUUAGAAAAAUAAAAACCACUGGUUGUCAUAAGUUUUUGACAGUAUAAAAUCUCAAAAUCUGGGUAGUCUACUUUGUUUUAAUAAAGUUAAAUUUAUUUGGAUGAUUUUUGUUUGGAAAUUUUUUUAUAGUUAUAUGCACAAAAAAUACAAUUUGACUUGCUAUUUCGCUGAUAAUAUUUUAAGAAAAUAGGCAGUAUGUUUUAUUAACACAUGCAUUUUGUCAUUGUCAAAUGCCACCAUGAAUUAGAGAGCGUGCAGUAUUCCUUUAAUAAUUAGGCUUCUUUUAACAGUUUAAUAAUUGAUUUUGCAUUGUCUGAUUAAAAAAAUGCUCUUAAGCAUUACAGUUAAUUUUCAAAAAAAUCAUAAUCAAGAAAUUAUAAAUCCCUUUCUUACCAAUAUUUUCAAAAUGAAUGAUAUUCCAAAUAAGUGAAUCUUCAUGUACUUAUUAAAAUUCAGUAAUCUAAAACACAUUGUGUUAAAAUAUUAACGCUUGAACUUCUUUGAUUUAAUAUUUCAUGUUAUGUGUUCUAUUUAAAUCCUUUUGCAUUACAAAUCCCAUUUACACACCCAAACACGUUUUUUUUUUCAGACUAUAUAUUUUACUUGUCUCAAAAAUAAUUUUGAAAUAAAUCAAGAUAUAUUGAUGUUUAAACACAAUGUGUUAUUUUUUAGUAAUUCUAAGUAAAAAAAAAAAGCAAUAUCUUUUAUUUAAUUUUAGAGACUAUCAGGAUUCGCAUUAGCAAUAAAAAGUCAGUUUGUAAAAAUUGCUGACUGUACAGAGAAAAUUUUAACUUUCCUUGUAGAAUGAUUCACAAAGACAGUAUUUUGAUUCACCAAUUUUGAAUUACUACCCGCUAAUGCAAACUCUGACUAUUUGUGUUAUUUUCCAAAGUAUUGACAUGAUAAAGCAUUUUCAAGGUGUUUUUUUUAAAAAUCUACUUAAAAUGCUCUAAAUAUAUCUACUCUGUGUAUGUUUAGAUUGCUUAAAUGCAAGCAUCAAAAUAUCUUAUGAAAUAUAUACCACUUAGAAUUCGAAGUAUGUCAAUUGCAACUGCACUCACCACUGUUCAAGCAAAUAUAAAAGCUGCCCACCAACAAUAUCUUCAGAUUCUUCAGAGAGAAAGUGCAAGUUCAGUUUAAAGAGCAAACUAUGAAUUCAUUUUAUUCGUCACAAGCAACAGAAUUAUCAUUUGUUACUCCGAAACAUAAAUUGCAUGAUGAUCACUGGUUACUUCCUGGUACAUCAUCUGCUUAUUUCUGUGUUGCAUGUGCAGUGGAAAGUUUAGAAGAACAAGACAUGUUAGAUUUCCACAAAAAGAAAAUAGUUACUGAACUUCUUGAAGUGUUUUUACUGAAUAAUAGUAUAUGGAAAGUGCUUUGUGUAAAACGUGAAGUUUGUUCACACUUGUUAAAGUUGUUUGUGAGACUAGUGUGCAGUAGUAGAGAUGAAGACUAUUCCUCUGUUUUGCUUGAGUGCUGUUUAUUUGUUAUAAAGCAAACUAAUCCUGAACAUACAGCCAACUUAGUUGUCGAUGAAGUUUUAAGAAUAAAAGGUUUUUUAAAAAACCUUUAUUUACUUAAAUUGGUUACAAGUAUCCUAAAAGUUGUCCCUGCUGUUGUGCAUGUUUUCGUUUGUGACUGGCUGUUGCAAGAAAUGGUAAAAGAAAGUUCGGCUGUUGAUCACGAAUGCUCUUCUUUAUUGUGGGAGUUAAUUAAUAUCACUCUCAACGCACAAAAUUCAGAUGGUACCGUAACACGAGCAACAUGUCAGCAAAUUAUUGUGGCUGCCAACGAAGCCCUAAAAGAGAGUAGAAAUACUAAGACCCAGUUAGUCCUAUUAGAAAGUGUGAAAACCUUUGUGGAGUUGCCUUAUCUUCAAGUUGUUUUGUGCGAACAUGAGUGCUCGAAAUUUACUACAUCAGCACAGUCUACUGUUAAAAGCUUAAAGAGAACAUUACUUUCAAAAAAUCAAGAUAUCCAAUGCAUGGCAAUUAAAUGUAUUGCAUCAAUUGCCAAUUUUAAAUUUUUGAGUAAAUCAGAAAAUCUACUGACAAUAUUAGAUAUUGUUCUAGAAAAAGGUAUUAGUGAAUAUAUUUUCGAAUUGUUACCGUCUGCAGAUCCUGUGGUUUUGAUUGAAUUAUUUAAAUGUUUGGAAAAAUUAAUGUGCAGUAAAAAAUUUUGUAAAAUGGGACAUAUGGUGUAUGGUUUUACAGCUGUUUUAAAAUGUGUCGUCAGAUCUCAAAACUGCCAAGAUCAGGAGGUGUUUUAUAGAGGCCUGUGCCUCAUCCAGUUAAUGUUACAGCAAGGUGUGAGGGAUAAGCAGGGUAGUCAAGCAUGUUCACAGACAGAGCUGAUACUGAACAUGCUACUGAACGCAUUUCAAAAGCCUCAAGAACGCUUUAAACAGUUAUCAGUUUCUUUUUUAAACACAUAUUUACAACAUAAUGACAUAUCCUUUAACCAAUAUGAAUUUAUUUACAAGUUUUUAGAGUUGAUCUUUCGGUAUAUUGAAAAGGAUCUUGUUUUUGCUAGUGCUAAUGUUGAUGAAGUUCUGAUUAACUUUAUCUGCAGUUCUUAUGAAAUUAUGCUGUUAAUUACUGGUAAAGCUUCAGCACAGUUAAAAGAAUUUGUUAGCAGUGUUUCUGAUAGCCACAUGAUUGACAUACCAUAUACUGAAAUGCCCAACAUGUGUCAAAAAAAACGUCAGCUUCUUUUGUUUGUAGAAAGCCUGUAUUAUUUAUGUGAUUGUUAUGUUGUACCACAAGCUGUGCUCAAGUUUUUGCCAACAAGAAACAUGAAAUUUCAAUGUUUAUUUUACAAAUGCUUGCUAAAUAUGUUGGUUUUGUUACCUAAUUUUGCAAAGAGACUUGCCCUAAAAAUUGCAGAAUCAUCAUUUAUCCAGAUGAUAUAUGAAUUUAAAGUUGUUGCAAGCAGAACAUCAAAGAACAUGGACUCAAUAUUGGCUAAAAUAUUAAUUCAUCUUAGUUUAUCACUGGAUUGCACACUAAAUUGGAGUAACCAAAAAGAGGAGUUGUUUAAUUUGUAUUGUAAUUUUAACAUUCCUAUUACUGAUUGGAAUUGUUUACUUGGACAGCAACACUCUUCUCAAAGACUUAACGACACAAAGUUUGUAAACGAAACCAGAACUUGCAUGUUGGCUCUGUUAGCUUACAGCUUCAAGGCUGGCUACAGCAUAACUCCAUCUGUAUACAUUCAGAAUCAACUUGUUAAGUUUGCAGUUUCUCCAGUAGCAUUGAAGUCCUUGCCAACACUUGGGAAAAAAUAUUUUCUCUAUUUGUGGAGUCAAACAGAAAUGAUUCUACUAAAUGAAGUAAAUGAUGUGGCAAGCAUUAAUAUAAUUAGCAUGUUUCAUGAUGAAGCUGACACGUUAAUGCCAAUAUUGUUGAUUUGUAAAUUGUUUUUUAUUUGGAUGUUAAAGAACGAUGUAUCAUUAGAUUUGCAAAAACAAGUUAUGGAAAGGUAUUUUACAAACUGCCUGCAAGAUAAUACUGAAGAAUUUGAGAAAUUUAUAUUGUGUGCAAAAUCACAUGGACAAUCUGCCAAAGUACUCGAGAUUGUUUUGCAUUUAGGUAGUUCUUGUAUAAGCCAGCUAAUUCUUGAUGGCUUGUACAUGAUAUUCCGGUCAUUAGUUCAAGAUAUGGAACCAGAUGUCCAUGCUCACCUAAAAAAGUUUAUCCAUAAAUUAUUUCUUACCAAUGAAAAUGUUAUCAGUAAUAGUAAUGUGACCCUAUUGUAUAAAUGCUUGAAUGCAAUUGAAAUCAUAUGCAGAAGUGAUGUUGAUGAAGAUGACUUAAAAUUACUCUGUCGUGCAAUUGUGUUAGCUGUUGAGAAUCACGUCCCUACAUUGCAACUGGAACUUAUUAAUUUUAUGUAUGUGUUAGUUACAAAAGCACUUGUCACUCAAGAUGUAAAAGUAACAACUAUUUUGGUUGAAAAGAUCGAUUUAUUUUCACAGUUUGAAAAAUUAGUUUUCACAAAUGAAAAUAGUUUUUCUAAUGCAAAAUCAAGUCAAACCUUGGAGAAGGUCAAUAGUGCCACCUUUCUCUUCAUCUCUGAACUAAUUUAUAGUAUCCACCUUUUUGCUCCGCACCAUAACAUUACUAUUAGAUGCUCCAAGAGUCUGCUCGUGCAGAGUAUUGCAUGUUCAGUUGGCCCAACUCAUCAAAUAUCAGUUUUGAAUUUUUGGAAAAGAUUCUUUGAACAGAAAUGCAGCACUUCGUUGAUUCAACUUAUAAAUGAAAAUGCAGAGCCUUGCCGUAUUACAACUCAAGAUAUCCAUCGUAUCUUUAUCAUACUGCAGAACCUAUAUUACAACCAGGAGAUUUCGAUCUGUGAAGGAGCAAUUGAAGUUAUUUGUGCCUUAGUACAGAACAUUAGUUCAGAGGAAAUAAUCAAACAAAGUUGGAAUAAAACCUUGUUACAAAUUGUAUUUGAAAGAUUAAACCUUGACAAAGUCCACCCACCAUCUGUUAGCUUGCUUUUAAUGUUCUUAAAACAAAAAUGCAUUUCAGAUAAAACAUGUCUUAUUUCGAUAGCUGCAAAGCUAAUAAAACAGUGCACAACCCAUGGUUCACACUAUUGUGAAGAGGUUUUGGUUUUGGUUCAGAUAGUUUUGAAUGAGCACAGUAAACUUGUGACGUACACACAGUUGAAGGAAAUUAAAAGUGACAUUCGAGUCAUCAGUGAAACCGUUAAUCAAUCUGAUUUAAAUCUCACAAAACUGAAUUAUGUUUCCUUCAAUGGCGUGUUAUUUACUCAAGUUAACGCAGCACGAAGUGUUGAUAUAAUUCAGCGAAUUGCAGAUGUUAAAAAUGCAAUUGACAAACAAAUGAAUCUUUGGGAGGGAGAGACAGAUUCUGGAGAAGAAACUGAAGAGUGAUAACAUUUUGGAUGAUGUUUUUUUCUGUUUGCAUUUUUAGUUAUUGUAAACUGUAAUGUUUUGAGUUUCUAUUAUUAGAAAGAAAAUGCAUAAGGGUUUCAGGUGUCCAUAAUAAAGUAUAAGUGUUUGCACAAAAAUAAAUGAUUGUGAAUGGCAAAAAAGGUAUUCACUUUUUAUUUAUUUAAAAUUAAUACGAAUCUGAUAAAUUGAUAAAAUUGUGUAACAAAAGUAUUAUAUCGAUUAUUAUUUGUUAAAAACGUUAUAGUUAUUUUUGUAUAUGCCUU